AUGUAUGGGCUCUGGCGACGCAUGAGCAUGCGUGCAGCUACCCCUGGCCUCCCCUUAUUGACCUUGACUAUUGAGCCCAAUACACCCGGUAUUGAUGAACACCACGACUUUCCCCCAUGCCCAGCCACUUCACAAGCAACCCACGGCCUCGCACAACUGUCUACGUCAGCUACGACGUAUACUGCGACACCAGAGGGGGAGAGCAUCAUGCACGAAGAUGUAUUCGGUCACAUAAAUAGUCGUCAGCCGGUCUUGAAGGAACAUAAUCUUCUGCGAGUCUACUCCAAUAUGGUUCCGUGCAUGACCGGUUAUAUAACUACAUCCCUGUCGUGA